CGACGCAGAAAAUCGUCUGGUUGCCGACGACAAAGCAGCAGAGCCACCCGCACACUCGUCCUUUUGCAGCCAUGGGAACGCUACAAAAGAUGUUUGGGGAAUCGCACUUGGCGGCCUCCGUCGUCCUCCUCGUCCUCGCUCGUUGCGCGGAUCGAGUCAUCUACACCCGCAUCGCGUACGCUUACGGGCCGUUCUUGUGGUACUUUUCCAACAUCAUUUUGCCCAUCGCGUUUGUCGUGACGUCGUGGCCGGUCGUGUGGUACAAAAUGGCAUUUACGAACGACAUAACUCCUGAAAUGCGAUCGUUUCCGCAUUACAAAUACGCCAUCAUGGGCCUCCUCGACACCAUCUACAACCUCCUCUCGGCCCUGCCGACCCCCCACCUCGGCGGGAACUUCUCGAACGUCCUGGACCAGCUCAACCUCCCGUUCAACAUGCUCCUGUCGCUGCUGUUUCUGAACACGAGAUACAAGCGGUGCCACAUCCUGGGGGCGGUCUUGGUGCUGUACGGCGGCUUUGUGAACAUGCUGCCGCUCUUCACGGGUGGCUCGACGCUCAAUAUGCCGGACCCAAGCGUCGGGUGGAUCGUGCUCUUCAUAUCGUCGCUCGUUCCUGCUGCGGCGUCGAACGUGUACAAGGAAAUCGCGCUAAAGGACGUGGAUUUGGACAUUUGGUACUGCAAUGCGUGGACGAGCUUGUACCAAGUUUUUAUCGGGAUUCUAACGAUUUGGACGAUUCGAGUACCUGCGCUGUGCGACCCGCCCGUGGCAUGGCAGGACUUUCCAAACUUUGUCGUGCUUUCCCACGAGUGCUUCUUGGGCAACCCCGUCGAGUUCCAAGGGAAAACACUGGCGUGCAACGAAGGUGUAUUCGACCUCUUCAUGUGGUUUAUUCUGUUCAACAUGAUCUUUAGCCAGUUGAUGCUGUACAUUUUCAAGGAAGGCAGCAGCGUCCUCUUUGUCGUGUCGUCAGCUGUGUGCCUCCCCGUGACGGACAUUUUGUACAUGUUCCCGUUCCUCACGGGCAAACAGGCGUCGCAGACGUUUACAAUUUACGACGGGUUUGCGCUGUUUGUGCUCGUGAUCGGUCUCCUUGUGUAUCACUCUGAAAAGGAAACGCGCGUGAGCCAAGGCGGCAGCCGAUCUGUGGAGAAGUCGCCGAUGUUAACGUCGCCGACGCUGCAAAAGACGCAUCUCAUGCGCAAGGCGAAAGGCAAGGUUGUGUUCCACCAGAGCCCGUUGUUUCGAGGCCAGAGCCCUGGCCGAAGCUCGAGCGGGCGAUCGCUCUUGCGCUCCAGCUCCCCCGCAAGAGUGUCAUAUGGCGCCACAUCGUCGUCGUCGCCGUCUCCCCCCCGCAGUGGCCGAGCGAAGAAGACAAAGCAAGCGAGCGAGGCCAUGGUGUAAACACACCCUUCGUCUAUCCACCAGGGGCUGUGGUGCUUCGUCGACCUGGCUAACCAGCACUCAUCCAUAACGGAAUGUCACACAGUUGUAUGAUGCAAGUCUGUCGCAGUGGUCAUCGAUACUUCGCUAACCAUGGC